GAUCAAAAGAUGACGCAGAUAUGAAUUUCAACCCACAAUCUCAAAACAAUGGUUUGAUCGGAUAAUUAAUAGUCACAUACCUUUUAGCCAAUCAUUCCAGUCAAUUUCGAUAGAUGAGAUGUAAACCAAGCUUUUCUGCCAAGGUUUCCCAGAUGAUCCCAAAACAGCUGGAGCUUACAUCCUUGAAAAGAGGGGCAGAGCACGCAGAGUCCUCGUAAGUUUAUGGGAAUGAGGGAAUUCGGAAUAUUCCCACCAAAGUCUAGACGUGAUACGAAUGCCAAUACUCACUGUUUGGUCCAGGAUACUAAUAAGUAGUAGAUAUACGAGUAUGAAUCCAAGAUUGGUUAUUCUUUUGGAUUUGGGUUUCUAUUCCGUUCGCUUCUGAUUCAUCAUCUCGUCUACACAAUACACUCAUACAAUCGCUUCCAUUCCCGUUCCUCUCUCUCAAAUCCCACCUCAUACCUCCCGGCAACAUCUUACCUAGUCUUCGUCUUCUAACUUGGUCAACGAUAAAUAAAGUCAACCAUCGAUAACUUCCUAAUCCCAAUUCAACUCAAUCCUCAUCCAAACCUAAACCACAACCGCAGCAAUGGUUCACCUUUCCCAAAUCCCCAACAAUGAUAAGGUUGCGGCUCCCCUCGUCGACGGGCUGAAGAAACUUACAAUGGCUGCUUCGAGCGAAGAGGAUCGAUUCACAACUAGUGUUUAUGGUUCUAGAUUUGCAGCGGAGGAUCUGCCAGAGCACGAGAUGCCAGAUGGAGAGAUGCCCAAGGAGGUUGCGUAUCGUAUGAUCAAAGAUCAUCUUUCGCUUGAUGGAAAUCCUAUGUUGAAUUUGGCGUCUUUUGUCACUACUUUCAUGGAAAAAGAAGUCGAAGAUCUCAUGACCGAAAGUUUCAGCAAGAAUUUCAUUGAUUACGAAGAAUAUCCUCAAUCCGCAGACAUUCAAAACCGAUGUGUUUCCAUGAUCGGUCGUUUGUUCAACGCUCCUACAAAUGAAGAAGGUGAUGCUGCCGUUGGUACUUCGACCGUCGGUUCCUCCGAAGCCAUCAUGUUGGCAGUUUUGGCCAUGAAGAAACGCUGGAAGAAUGCUCGUAUCGCUGCUGGAAAAUCAACUGAAAACCCAAAUAUCGUCAUGUCUUCUGCGGUUCAAGUCUGCUGGGAAAAGGCAGCUAGAUAUUUCGAGGUUGAGGAAAAAUACGUCUAUUGUACUCCAGACCGAUAUGUGAUUGACCCCGAGGAGACGGUCAAUUUAGUAGAUGAGAAUACCAUUGGUAUUUGCAUCAUUCUAGGAACUACUUAUACUGGAGAGUAUGAAGAUGCCAAGGCUGUGAAUGAUCUUUUGAUCAAGAAGAAUAUCGAUACUGUUAUUCAUAUUGAUGCAGCUUCAGGUGGAUUUGUAGCUCCCUUUACCGUACCAGAGUUGGAGUGGGAUUUCAGAUUAGAAAAGGUAGUUUCUAUUAACACCAGUGGUCACAAAUAUGGACUCGUCUACCCAGGUGUUGGUUGGAUUGUCUGGAGAGCACCAGAAUACCUUCCUAAGGAGCUUGUCUUCAACAUCAAUUAUCUUGGUGCCGAUCAAGCAUCUUUCACUCUUAACUUUUCCAAGGGUGCUUCUCAGGUUAUUGCCCAAUACUACCAACUCAUUCGUCUUGGUAAGAAGGGUUACAAAGCUAUCAUGAGUAACUUGACAAGAACCGCCGAUUACCUCUCCGAUUCUCUCGAACAACUCGGAUUCAUUAUCAUGUCUCAAAAGAAUGGCAACGGUCUCCCACUCGUUGCUUUCCGUAUUGACCCUAACUCCAACAAACAUUACGAUGAAUUCGCACUUGCUCAUCAACUCCGUCAACGUUCAUGGGUUGUUCCAGCAUACACCAUGGCACCAAAGACCGAUAACCUCAAGAUGUUACGUGUAGUUGUUCGUGAGGAUUUCAGUAAAUCAAGAUGUGAUUCAUUGUUGAAUGACAUCAAGUUAUGCUGCAGUGUCCUGGAUGAGAUGGAUAAGGAUUCUGUUAAGAAGAAUCAAGAAUACAUCCAGAAGCACGCUACUCACUCUGGAAAGAGCAAGCAUAACCAUGCUCAUUAUAAGGACGAGAAGCAUAGUUUGCAAGGAAAGACUGGAAAGACUCAUGCUAUUUGUUAAUAUGGCGGAUCUUGGGAUUUCGAACCCAUUGUCUCGCCUAGACUGGGUCUUCGAUGGUACUAUUUGAGGGAUGGUCAGUGGAAUUAUGGAUAGAAUGGUGGAAUGGCGGUGGGAAAGAUAAAAAUGAAGGAUGGCUGAAUGGAUGGGUUUAUGAAUGAUGACCGCUUAACGAGAAACAAACUAUUCGUAGAUUUUGAGUUAGUUCAAACGAAAGGAUUUAAAUAUAUUUGACUAUAUGCCACUUUAUCUGCAGAAUUCUAUAUCA